UGGUGUGGUGUAGUUAUUUUUAAGCCAAAACCACACUAGUAUUUCCUGAGGGAUAGCUAUGGCCUGUCGAUUGUGUUAAGGAAGAGCCGCAAUGGAAGUUCUAGAGUGUUCAAAUCCACAUUUGAGCCACAGCAAUCCCUGACAACUAAGCCUACCGAAUCCCUUAAAAAAAUAUAGUAAAGGGAAUAUAGAGGGAACAGGGUCGUGAUGCUUGGGCACUUUUUCAUCAUUGUUUUGUUUACUGGUACGAUUUUAACUGCCGAACAUGUCAAGAAAUCCGAAAAAGACAUUUUUGGUGGAGGAGAGUCAUUCUUGAAGACUAAAGUUCAUAAGCCGAACGUCCCACAUGGUUCAGGCAGCGUACAUGAAGUUUCUAAGAAGGUGAACAUCACUCACGAAGAUGAAGAAAAACUGCGAAAAAUUCUCUUGCAAGUCUAUAAAAACUUUAUCAACAAAAACGAAAAACAAGUUAUACAUUCUGACAAAAAAGAGCGCUAUCACGAGAAGUCGUUUGAUGAUAUUGAUGUGAUGAGAAAAACGGUUUCUACUGCUGCUCCGAAAAUCGCUUUUGGAGAAUUAAAAGAUACAAUUAAUAAAUUACUUUAUGAACUGUCACGUGACAACAACAAAGAAUAUAAGAACGCUGAAUCAGAGGAAAGGAAAAAGUAUCCAAAGUUCAGUGAAAUCCCUGAGGACGACAGACUUUCAAAUAUCGGCGAAGAAAAUUCAGUGGACGUGAAUUUGAUUGACGAAAAUUCAAACAGCAAAGAAAAAGUUAACGCAGGUUUUAAGCAGUUUAAAAAUAAAUUCUAUGAAACGUUUUUUAAAAGAAGUCAAAUUGACAAGCAAAGUAUUGUGUUUAAUGGAAAAAAGAAGAAGAAGAAUGACAGAGAGAACUCAAAAAGUGACAGUCUGAACGAACUUUAUGAAGAACUAAAGAAAGAAGUACAAGAAGAGAAAAAGGCUAUCGCCAGAAAGAAUGUUUUUGAAGAACGAAAAGAAAUUGAAAAGAAAAAGAAGGAUAUUAUUUCCUCUUUAAGAAAGUUGUUUACUAAUGAUCAUCGCGAAAAUAAUCAACAGACGAAGGAAGAUGAAGAUUUUGAACGAAUUUACAACAACAACAACAAUUAUGAUAUAGAUUCCAGGAAAAAAUCCGUUGAUCAAGAAUCAAAUGGUGGUGUUAGUACUGGUGAGGGUGGGAUGCCUCCUCCGUUUGCGGCUUCUGUUGGGAGUAAGACAGCAAGGGAAUUAAGGCGAGAAAAAUUACGAAAGUAUCUUACUAAUUUUAUCGGUAGUUUGGAUCAUCAAGUCCCCGACCAAUGGAAAACAUCAAAUGAGAAAAAAGCGAGGCGAUUUGAGGAUGAGUUACAGAGCGUCGUCUCGAAGAAAGAGCGCGAAACUUCGGAAGAAAGCUCAAAGGAUACCAUCACGGUCAAAUCAAGCGAAAGCAAACGCAAAGAAAAGAGAGAAAAGCUUCGAAAGUAUUUGAUCAGUUUUAUACGUGAUCUCAACGCGCGCGACGACAGCGAAGUAGACAAAUCGAAACGCUUCGAAAAUGAACUUGAAAACAUUGUUGUGAAAGGGAAAGCACAGAAGAAAAAAAAGACUUCUGAAAUAUCAGAAGCUUUAAAAGGAUUCGAAUUUAAAAGAGAUGUAGAUAGCUACACAAGACCAUAGAAGCUGUGUAUAAUUGUGGCUUGUUAUUUAUUUUCAAAACAAUGUGAAGUAUAUUUAUCAACACGAAAAGAAAUUAGUUAUUUUGUUCAAAAUAAAGACAGACAUCUUUAAAAAUCAUGACGGGUGGCACGUUAAAGAUCUGUUUUAUAUUUAUCUUAUACUGUACAUUAUUUUUUAAGUUUCUAGUCUCAAUUUUAUAUUCCAUUUUAUAAUUUCGCGGUCUCUUUUUAUUCAUUAGUGAAAAUAUUUUUAGAAACUGUUUUUGGUGAGGUUUUGUUACUUUUUUCUUAACCUUUAGAAUAAUUUUUACUUUGUUGAACUUUUAUAGACUAUAUGUUUUAUAUAUACCGAAGCAUUUUUUCAACUUUACUACGAUCUUUUAUGUGUUUUUUAGAUCAGAACAAACAAUUUUAUGCGUUUUAAUAUUUUUUGUAUUUACUUAGAACGAAAAUAUAUAUAUUGUUAGAAGUUUAUCAAAA